AGACUUCAUUUAGUACUUCAAAUUAGCAAGAUUCCUUUGACAUCUUUGCGUUUACAGCUUUUUUACGUUUUUGCAAACAGAUCAAAACAGGCCCUUAGGUGCUGUUUGGAUCCAUAUAGCAAAAGAGCAAAAGAGCAAAUUUUUUGCCAUUUGCCAAAAGUGGCAAAAAUUUUGCUAUUAGGGGUGUUUGGAUCCAAAUGGCAAAAAUUUUGCUCUUUUGCUUGUUGGAUCCAAACAGCAUCACUCCAUCAGCCCGAUCGACAGCCAUCGCCCGCGGAGAGAACCAGGAGUCGCAGACCGGCAACGUCCCCGCGGCUUCCCACCAUUCGCUCCCCUCCCCUCUGUUCUCCGGCGACCACCACUCCUCCCACAAAACCCAAAGCCCAGGCCCUGCACAGCCCGAACCCGAGCCCGAUAAGGCCAUGGCCGCCGCCGAGCCGCCGCCGCCCUCCGGGACGGGCUUCUUCGGCAUGCUCAGCUUCCGCUGCAGCGCCACCGCCGUCGCCUCCUUCGACCCCGCGCAGGACGAUGAGCUCCUCGCGCUCGACGCCCUCCAGGCCCACGUCGCCGACCGCCUCCAGGCGCUCUCCGCCCACGCCUCCUCCCCCGCAUCCCCGGCCCUCUCCCUCCCGUUCCUCUCCAAGCUCCUCGACGCCGUCCUCUCCUCCGACGCCGCCUUCCGCGCCGUGCUCGCCGUCGGCCCCGUCGCCGCGGCGCUCGCCAGGCCGCCCGCCGACCGCCUCGCCGCAGACCUCCUCGACCGCGCCGUCAAGACGCUCGACGUCCUCAACGCCGCGUCCUUCACGCUCGCCUCGCUCCGGGCCGCGCACCGCGCCGCGCUCACCGCCGCGACCUGCCUCCUCGCCCCGGCGCUGCACCGCGCGCAUCUCGCACGCGCGCGCAGGGCCAUCGCCAGGCUCUUCUCGGGCGGGGCGGGCGGCGCGGAGGCGCGGGCGGGGCGGAGGCCGGAGGCGCGGGCGGGGCGGAGGCGCGGAGGCGCGGGCGGCGACGUGGCCUGCCAAAUCAGGCUGCUAGCCUAG